GUCAAUCAAUGUCGAAAUAAAACCUAACAGGUUGACAUAUAGAUUUGAUUUCAUUUGAAAAUAAGGAAGAAAUUCUUCCGGAAUUUCAUAGGUAUAAAAUUCUAGAUUUAUCUAAAUAACAUAACAACUAAAACACACUAAACCAAUUUCGUCAACAAUUCGUAUUGUCAAACUGUCAACAAGCGGAAAAAAAUCAGCCGAAAAUGAGCAAUACGGAAACAUCAAUCACUUCUGCUCGUGCUUCGGUUAUGAUUUAUGAUGAUACAAAUAAAAAAUGGUUACCGAGUGGCACAUCAAGUGGCCUUUCGCGCGUUCAUAUCUAUCAUAAUAUACAGAAUAAUUCAUUUAGAGUGGUAGGAAGAAAAAUACAAGAUCAUGAGGUUGUCAUCAAUUGUGCUAUAUUGAAAAAUUUGAAAUAUAAUCAAGCGACUCCCAUAUUUCAUCAAUGGCGUGAAAAUCGUCAGGUUCAUGGCCUAAAUUUUAGCAGCAAAGAUGAAGCCGAUGCAUUUGCUCAUACUAUGAUGAAAGUGAUUGAUCUAUUGAAUCAAAAUACCUAUGGUACGACCAAGUCACAACAACAACAACAGCCAUUGUAUGGUCAUAUUGGCCCACCUGAAGAAUAUGGUGAUUUACGUUCACAGCAGCAGCCACUGCCGCAACAACAACAACAGCAGCAACCGCCGAUUACACAACCGCAACAACAGCAAAACGGUUGGCAUUCAAAUCAUAUCAACAACAACACUAAUAGUAAUAACCAAACAUUGGAUCAUCAUGUAGCUGCAGCUACAACCAUACAUCAUCAAACCAUGAUUCAUUCUCAACAUCCCAUUAUGACGGCUGGUGGUGUUGAUGCUCAUAAUCAUCAUGCAGCACCGAUCAUGACACAGCAUCAAUCGAUGACUAAUAUCUCACAACAACAACCGCAGCCAACUUAUAUGAGCAGUGGCCAUUUGAUUCAUCGAAAUUCAAUUCCGACAACGGGAACAAUCGCUCAAGUAGUCCAGCAACAACAUCAACCGAUGUCUCAAAUGCCUCAGCAGUCAAUUCCUCCUCCACCACCACCACCUCCUUCAUCGACUAUAACAUCGUCAUCAAAUUUAACGCCCACCGCUAAUAAUGUUUUAGUUCUCAACGGUGGGAAUAUUAUCAAUGGCCAAAAUGGAACGACUGCAACGGGUACAAUGUCACAGUCAAUUCCACCACCACCGCCACCUCCUCCUCCUUCAUCAUUGAGCGGUUGCGGUGGUUCAAACACCAAUGGAUCUCGAUUACCACCAACAAACGCUACUGGAGCUCAAGUGAUGAAUUCGAUUGCGACAAAUUCUAAUGCACCGAUCAAUCUUGCUGCAGCCAUUGCCAAUGCUAAACUAAAACGAACAACAUCUAUUAAAGAAGAUGGUGGCAAUAGCGGUGGUGACAACUCAUCUACUUCAUCAUCAUCAAGUGUUGCCGCCGCCCGUAAUGCCGCACCUGGAAAUCUGAUGGAUGAGAUGGCCAAAACAUUAGCUAGGAGAAGAGCUCAAGCUGAAAGUAAUCAACCACAGAAUCCUCAGGAUGGUUGCAACAAUGAUCGUUUCAGUAAUAAAGAUGGAAAUAAAACAUCCAUGGUCAAUGGCUGCAGUCCAUCGAAAGACGAUUCAAAAGAUUAUCACAAUAGGCGAACCGGCAUAUCCAACAAUGAUGAUCAAACAAAAAUUAAUGGCAUCUCUGAUAACGAUAUGGAUCGUUUACGCAUGGAAAUCAUGAAUGAUAUACGUAAAGAAUUACAAAAGAUUAAAUUGGACAUAAUUGAUGCAUUGAAAGUUGAACUCAACCGGCGAUGAUCAUUUUUUUAUGACGAAAGUUUUACCGAGUAAUUUCAAAAUUUACUCAAAUUGCAUACACACAGUCACAUUUUGCGUGAUUCAUUGGAUUUUUUUAUUAUUAUUCUUUUUCAUCUAACUAAUUUAUUUAUUAUUAUUUAUGAUAAAGCUGAAUUGAAUGAAUGGAUUUCAAUAAUCGAUAUAUAAC